UUUUACUUGCAGAAAUCUUGUUUCAACAGUGAAUUGGAUGUGUAAGUUGGAUCUCGAAGCAAUUGCACUCCAAUCUCGUAGCGCAGUGUACAAACCCAAGGCAAGUUUCAUCUGCUCAUUCAUUGUGAAUCUCAUUCAAAUACCAUCUGUGUUAUGUAUGCAAGUCUGUGUGUUGCAUGCGCGUGCUUACUUUUUCCUUUGCAUUGAUAAAUAUGCUUGCUUUAGUGGCACUGAUCGAUGUUUGUGAUGCAAAAUUCUUUGCAGCAUUUCCCUUUUCUCAUUAUGAAGAUCAGAAAACCAAAAGCAACUGCACUUAUCUAUUCUUCUGGGAAGAUGAUUUGUACUGGAGGCAAUGAGAAACAGUCUAAAUUGGCUGCAAGGAAGUAUACCCGUAUCAUACAAAAGUGUGGUUUUCCCGUCAAAUUUAAGGAUUUCAAGAUUCACGGCCCUCGUAAUGUCAACUUCCGCAGAUGGUUGAAGGGUCUUAUUGCAGAUUCCCAUGGUGCUUCAUCUAGUGUAAACUUGGUUGACGAAGUUUCCCAAAGUAUUCAGCAACUCACUAUUUAAUUUUGCUUGCAAGUCAGGCCCUGUAAAGCCUGUAUCUGAUACCUACAAAUGCAUAAACAUAUUCAAUGUACUCGAUGACAGGAGAGAAAAUUAACAAUUUUUAUCUUCAAGAUCUUUUAAAUAAGUGUUAAUAAGAUACGUUUGAAAUUGAUUCACCUAAUUCCUAUUUGUGAGCAAG